AUGUUAUUGGUGUUGAAGUUGAAUUUGUCCCUUAGUAGUAACAACUACCAGUAAAUGAGUAUAAGUAGAUGUGAUUAUCAUUAGGAGAGUUUUGUUUGGGAUAUCCCUUAUUUUAGAUAUACAUGUUAUUUUAAUUUUAGUUUGAAACAAAAUAUAAAUAUGUGGGCUGAUACUGUGUUAAUACUUUUUAUUUCUGUUUGUACAGCAUUUUUGGGUGAAGGUUUGACUUGGCUAAUGGUUUAUAGGACUGAAAAGUAUCAAAAACUGAAAGCUGAAGUGGAACGUCAAAGUAAAAGAUUAGAAAAACGCAAAGAAGCUCAUGGAGACUCUCUUGACAAACAGCAAAAGAAGAAAAUAGAAAGAGAAGAAGAAAGAUUAAAGAACAACAAUCGUGAUCUUUCUCUAGUCAAAAUGAAGUCAAUGUUUGCUAUUGGAUUUGCGUUCACUGCGUUACUCAGCAUGUUCAACAGCAUUUUUGACGGAAGGAUUGUCGCACGCCUGCCGUUUCUUCCUAUCUCCUGGUUACAAGGACUCUCACACAGGAACCUGCCAGGCGACGACUACACAGAGUGUUCCUUCAUAUUCCUCUACAUACUCUGCACAAUGUCAAUCAGACAGAAUAUCCAAAAACUGCUUGGAUUUGCACCUUCAAGAACAGCAAGUAAACAAGGAGGUGGACUCUUCGGACCGCCACCCCAACAGUUCAAAUAGUACAAUCACAUUGUUCAUAAUCUCAUUUGUAAUUUUGCUGUGCAAAUCAUCGUGAGUGUAUAAAUAUCAUUUCAUAUUUAUUUUGUAUUUUAUUUUAUUUAACGUUAUAUACCAUGCCUUGUAAAAUCUUAUGUUUGUUAUCAACUUAAAUAUGGUAAAUAAAUUGAGUUGAGUUUCGA